GUCUUCGGUCAACGGUCACUGACAUAAGCUAAUAGGAGACGAAAAUUUGUAAUUCCCGCGGCAAUGGCGCGCAGCUAAAAAUCAAUGCGGAGCGUUCUGAUACUACCGUCCGUGCUGACAGAAGAGAGAAAUGCAACAUCGUCACGGCCAGAGCAGAAGCUUUUAACUUUCAGUAAAAGAGCGUAUUUUAAGAUAAAUAUUCGGCUUUUAUUGGCCAAAGUGAUGUGAAUCGAUCAAUAACCAACAUUAAACAAUGCCGUCGCAGGAUGAUAUGGAUCUUUGCACCGAUAAGGUCCUUUCAAAAGAUCGAAUCCUCCAAGAACUUACCAAAGCUGUCAAAUUGGUAUACGCUCAGAGUCUGCAUGGUACGGUGGUCCUGGACGGUGAUUCCUGGUUGGUUUAUUGGUUAGACCGAGCCUUACGACAUGGAUUACGCGUAGAAAGACAUGGAUAUUGGGGAACUGCGAGAGAACUCAGUCACCAAGAUACUGUCGUCGUGAUACAUGCGUUGCAAAGCGUACUAACUUCCAUUGGAAAAGGUCGUGCCUGGCUGUAUCACACACUGAGUGAGGGAAGCUUCGAAAGUUACUUAGCCUGCCUUUUACGAGACACUAAAACACUCCAGAAGCAGUAUUUCACCCAUGCCCUCGUCCGUGAUGUUGACAAAACAAUUCAGCUAGUCAAUCUACUGGCUGGUCUUGAGAAUGUGUCGUUCACAUUGCAAUUGGAUGUCACAUACUUGGAUAUCUGUAAUUACAUGCCUCAGCGGCCUAUGAGCGGCUCUCCUUCUGGAACUGCGCUAUCUCUACACCUCAGAUCAUCCAGCGUAUCUUCAAGUCUUGCUUCUCCAGGUGAUAGUGGCGUUGCUUUUGACAGUGAUAUGGACCCUGCUAAUGAAACUGAUGCCAGUAGCUACAAAGAAGAGGAUUCUUCUGUAGAAGAUAUUCCAAAGUAUCGUCACAACAAGUACAAAGUAUUUCCUGAUGUGCACGAUAAUAAAACAAUAGAACAAACAUUGUCAUCAAGUGACUCCAGUGAAGAUAGUAAGACUCCGAUGCAAUCACCAGCAACAGACCCGAAAUUUCAAAAAGGAAUUAUGACAAAAAGUGACAUCGCUAAUCGAAAUACAAAUAAGCUUGAAGAGAAUGAUACGAAUUGCUCGAGUCUAGAUACUCUGAAGGACUAUAGUUUUUAUAGCAAAAGUCUGGAUGAAUCGAAGCUGGACAAAAUCACUAAUGAGUUUGAAAACAACACCAAAGAAUUAAACAAAAGAUACAGCCUUUAUGCCGACGGUAGUUAUUGUUUCAAGAAAAAUAUCGAUCCUCGAAACUCGUAUGUUAUUAAUAACGAUACUAAUCUUUUGGAACUGAGCAUGACUAUAUCAGACUGUGACAAUACAGAAGCACCUUAUAGCAUUCUCAAUACCAUAAACAUGACAGACAGCAGUAUAAUGUCUUCAUCUGGAUCAGAUACUGUAGUACAAAGAAGGCAACGUAAAAAAAAGCGUAGCGAUACCAAGAAACGAGUGAGUUUCCAUGAGGAUAUCUUGAAAACUAUGAAGCUGGAGGACGACGAGAAUUAUUCUGACUUCUCCAUGAGUUUCUUGCCUCCCAACUCUGUCCCGAAAAAAGAUGUCCAAAAGGGUCGCUAUAGUUGGUGUGGUCACGGAGAUUCGCCGUACGUUCAAAGGAAUAUCAUCACCAGAAAUGCGAAUUCGGAUUAUUAUUCCUCAGCGUCUUCUCUGAGUGUUUUUGAGAGCGACUCGGAUAAAAGAUUCCUACCUAAGUUAUGCAGCGAGGCUGUUUGCGAAAGGAAUUGUAAAUGCACUUGCGAGUUGAACUUGUCAGAACGUGGAGCACCAGAGGGCCAAGAAGAUCCAGGAAAAGGUUUUCGACCAAAAAUUGAAAUUGAGCUCAAAGAAAAUGAAGCCCAAGAAGCAUACAUAGCUGAAACUCAGUGCGGUAAUAUUAUUGAGGAUGCAUUGUCAAAAGUUGAAAUGCAGAACAAAUCAAACCACAAAAAAUAUGCAAGCUCUAGCGAUUGGUCUGACGUAGACAGUACCGUGUCAGAUGUUGAAGAUCGAAGAAACAAUAGACAUUUGUCUUCGCCAUUGAAAAAACGAAAUGUAACGUCGAUAUUAUCAGGUGACGCUAACAGAUUAACACUUCCAUCGUUGCGUCAAGCACCGUCUAAAAACUCUUUGCUAAGUCGAUUCUUACGAUCAGUAACAGAGCGCAAGUUUGAAACAAAAAAGGCCAAAAAACCCUCCAAAGUAACUCCAUUCUAUUUCAAGGGAGUCAAAGCCGACAAAGACUCGGUGAAGGACUUCAAUGAUAAUUUGGAAAAAGAGAUCCAGGAAAACAUUGCAGCUGAAAAACAAGAAUUCAGUGGAGAAAAAAUCGGAUUGAAACUCAGAGAGACGUUCAAACGUCAUAUAUACAGAGAUAAAACCGAAGAACUCUACAAGGUCUACAAAGUGAGGAGCUCUUACAUGACCAAUGGAGAAAGUAGACCCAUGCUAGCGCUACUAACAGAUAAAACAUUGUAUUUGACCGGAUCAAAGAUCGAUCAUUCUUAUAGCAAUCAAUUUGUCAUCCCAUAUAACGAACUGGAUGUUAUUAUGAUUGGACCAAACGCACAAACCAUACUAAUAUCCAAUGCUGAUUACGAAAUGCAAUAUCUAUUCUCAACUGGUAGCUCACAAACCACAUCUGAGUUAGUUGCACAUUUGGAGAUGGCAAUGAGACGCUCUCCAUCCAAACCACAGCUCCCCGCUGUGAAGGAGUUAAAUUACGAAGAUAUGCACGCAUUGCGACAUGCAGUCCUUGCAGAGACAGCUGUACAUCCCGAUGAAAGAAUCGAACACUACAGCCUUAUAUACAUGGAAGACGAACAUGUUUCGCCACCUAGUACACCUUGUGGCCCUAUGAAAGAAGGACAUCUUAUGUUCAGACCACACGUUUAUCAGCCAAUGUAUCCCAAUGCUCCUACCAACCCUUGGGAAGCCGGAUACUUUGUUUUAAAGGGUGGAGUCGUUUACAUGUUUACUGACUCAAACCAGCGGCUUCCAAAACGAGCAAUUCCACUCAAGGGCGGCUUAUGUCAAGGAUGCAGAAGAAUUCCAAACUCACAUAGGCCUCAUACAUUUGAAAUCCUUCUGAAGCCAAACAAGUCCUUUCAAUUUGCUGCACCAGAUGAAUAUGUUGCUUCGGAAUGGCUACAAAGCUUUGUCCAAAGUGCUUCGGGACUUUUUAACAGUUCUGAAAAAAAAGAACCACUUCCGUGCAGUCUUGUAGCAACUACCGGGCAUUUAAUUGCAAUGAAAGAAGCUUUUCCUGGCACUCAAAGGGGACAAACUCUCUCGUGUGCCUGCGUUGAGGAUUUAACUGCAUUUCGAGUUCCGUUAGCUCAACAAUCGUGGUGCAUCUUGGAAUUCGCUUGCCGAGAAGUUCAUGAAAGCAGCGGAGACUGGGUAAUUUAUUUUACAAACUAUACCGAACUGUGCACUUUUCGAGAGGUUCUACAAACCCUGUGGGCAGAUUCGAAUAUGGGUGACUUUCCUAUGGUAACGCUUCCUCCCCAAGAUCUACUUCACCGUCGCUGUUCAGAUGCAAGUAAAGACCUGGAACUCGCUUGGCAGUAUUUAUUACCCAUGGUAACGGAGUAGCGGCUUGGAUAUCCGCGUGAGCAUAAAUUUGAACAGUAGAAAUCUCAGAAUCAUAUAAUUCUGUAAUUGCUUUUUCGGCUAUCCAUCGAUCAGAGUAUUUUUUACAGAGCACCAAAAAAACACAUGAGAUUCAGAAUACAAUAGGUGAUAUCAUUAGGAAGAAAAUACUGGAAUCUGAGAUCUAUCAUCUCUGUUGCAAAUAGUCACAUGAAUUUUAAGUUGAAUCCAUUCUUAUUCGUAAUAUAACGUCAAGCUUAUCUUUCGAUAUAACCCCUUUGAAGAACAUACCCAAUAUACUUCUGAUAGUUUUAGUUGAACCGUGUAGCUGAUCGUAUGAUUUAUUUGUAAUCAACCAUUGAAAAUAAUUAGAAAUAUUAGAACAGUUAAGAGUUAUUAACAAGUUAUAAUUUAUAAAGUAAUGGCACGGCAUCUAGUUUCCGAAAUGAAACAAUCUCGUUAGUACACAAUCUUUGGAGUAGCAUAUUAUUGAUCGAUGUUGUUGUUGUUGCGAGAAGUAUUUUUGACAAGUCCUGUAAAAUGCUCUGACUCGUCAAUGCAAAGUUCAAUAGUCACAAGUUAGAUCUACUCCUAAUUAUAUUUUGAUAAUAAAUCGGGUUGAAAUUUGGCAGAGUCGCGAAAGUGAAGAGUUGAUUGUAAGAUUUGGACAGAGGGAUUCAGCAGCUAAUUCAAUAAAAAAUCCUUUGGCAGAUAAAGCCAACAAGUUACUGCAACAUUAUUAUUUUUUGUGAAAUAUUACAGUUAACAUUCAGAGUUGGAAUAUGGGAAGACUGUGUGUAUUAUCGGCAAUUAUUAACUAUUCUUACAAUAACACAGCGAGUAUCUACUAUAAAUAAUAUAUUACUCACACGUAUAUUCAAACGAAAAUAAUACUAUACGUUUUAGUCAAGUCUUUUCAACUAAACUCAUGAGUAAAUGGGUAACUAAGAUUGCAAUGCUGAAAAAAUCAAUAACUUUCACAAAGAUGAUACUCUAUACUAAACAUAUUAAUUGUAGGGACGUAUAACCGACAUAAUAAGUAACCAACAUUCCUAACACGAAGCAUAAUUUUUUAACACAUCAUUAAUGUUUGUUUAUCUCAUUUUGAAUCGCUAGCGUAAAUAGCCAAUGCAUAAAUACAUGAGGCUACGAUGGAGGUUGUAUUGAUUAAGUUGAUUACAUGUAGAUGUUAAUUUUAAUCUUGUAAGAUUUACACCUUAAUUUUCGUUAUUUGUAGUUUUUUGAUUCACGGGUACAGCGAAGGAAAGAAAACUAACAGAAAUUGUAUUAUACGAAAUAAGGUGCUUAAUUUGUUUGAUGAUUGAAUUUUUGCGAGUAUCGUGCGUUAAUUACGAAGAAUUAUGAUUGUGGAUGUGUCUCAAGAUAAUUUAAUUGAAGCUAAUUGUACAUCUUUUAUUUAUAUUAACAUUGACUAUUUUUAUUAAUAUUUUUCGGUAGCCUUGGUACCACGUUGUUGGGCUGUGUCGGUGAUAAAUUUUGUUGAUCUCGAAUAAUUGAAUAUUUUACCAAGAUCGCCGAUCGCUGCAUUUGGGAGCUAUGCGAUCAGAAAAUAGAUAAUACUACUAUAUUAGAAAACAACAAGGAUGGUUGUUAAUUAAUAACAUAUACAUAUAAUACUCACACAUACCCCAUGUGGUAUCAAGAAUUUGUGAUCAUGAAAUUUGUGGGUGGUAUGUUUGAUAACAAGACCAGUUUAUACAUAUAUGUUAUUUUAUUGGUUGGUAAGAUCGUUGAGAGUAGAUACGUAUCCAUUCUCAAUUGUGAGAUUGAGCUGGAAAGACAUAGAUGUAGUAUUUUAAAUGUUACAGUCAGCUGUUUUAGAUAUUAUGGUCUAUGAACUUUCCGGUGCAUGAUGUAUUUCGCAGUUAUAUCCAAGACUCAAAAUAUAUUGUAAAGAAAACUAAUAAAUUGUAUGAACUAGUCA